CCAGUUCUGGUCAUCCCCUCCCCACCGCCUUCCUGUCCCCUCCCGCGUUGGGAUUCGAACAGGGCUGGAGAUGGGUGACCGGAAGUGGUAGUUUUGAGCAUCAGUACUCCAGGUGCUGAGACCCGAAGAGCCUUUGGCGCCACCACGACGCAUGCAUGGCAAGCGCUGGGUGCCGGGUUGCGCACAGACUGCUGGCUGCUGGCCUGGACGCACGUGCCCUGCGGGGCGGGAACUGUGCAGAACCGACUCUCUUUUAGGCGAGCCUUGGAGCUCGCUGCUGGCGAGCGGGCUUGCCUUGCUCGCGUGUGAAACGCGCAGAGCCUGGGGACUCGGUAAUUGGCACGAGCGGCCGUUUGCGCAUGCGCGUGGCGGCGGCGGCGGCGAGCACGUGGCGAAGUGCAGGGCGGCGGCGCGCGGGAGGCUCCCCAGCGACCCGGAGAUCUCCUGUCUCUGCAGCCAGAUGAGACCACGGCUGGUGUUGUCAUAUGUCCCAGUCUAGCAGCGUCACCUCUGGCCUGUAGCCCUGCGCAGCCCAGCUUGCACUGAAUUUCUGUCUUCGCAGGACUUAGUGGCCUCUCCCCGCAGCCUCUGUUGGCUGCGGCGUGGGCUGCGGCGUUAGAGGCAUGGUCUUCUUUCUGGACAACCGGGAGCCUCGGCGCCCGCUGCGAAGCGUCAUGGGCCACUUCCAGGCCUCCGAAGUGCAACAGCUGCUCCACAACAAGUUCGUGGUCAUCCUAGGGGACUCAAUCCAGCGAGCUGUGUACAAGGACCUGGUGCUCCUGCUCCAGAAAGAUUCACUGCUCACAGUCUCCCAGUUGAAAGCCAAGGGGGAGCUGAGCUUUGAACAGGACCAGCUGGUGGCUGGGGGUCAGCUGGGUGAGCUGCAUAAUGGAAUACAUUACCGGGAGGUUCGUCAGUUCUGUUCCGCUUCUGGUCACCACCUUGUGCGCUUCUACUUCCUCACCCAAGUUUACUCUGAGUACCUGGAGGUCAUCCUAGAGGAGCUGGCAUAUGGGCCUACGCCAGACCUGGUGAUCAUCAACUCCUGCCUCUGGGAUCUUUCCAGAUAUGGCCAAUGCUCAAUGGAGUGCUACCGGAAAAACCUGGAGCAGGUGUUUGUGCGCAUGAACCAGGUGCUGCCAGAAUCCUGCCUGCUGGUGUGGAAUAUGGCAAUGCCACUGGGGAAGCGGAUCACUGGGGGUUUUCUUCUGCCAGAGCUCCAGCCCCUAGCUGGCUCUCUGCGGCGGGAUGUGAUUGAAGGGAACUUUUAUAGCGCCAAGUUGGCUGGGGACCACUGCUUUGAUGUCCUAGACCUCCACUUCCAUUUCCGGCAUGCAGUACGGCAUCGGCACCAUGAUGGUGUUCACUGGGACCAGCACGCCCACCGUCACCUCUCACACUUGCUUCUCAUCCAUGUGGCUGAUGCCUGGGGCGUGGAGCUACCCAAGCAUUGCUAUCCUUCUGACCUCAGGACUGCCAGCUGGCCAGAGUCGCAGCAUCUGUUCCAGAGGAGGAGAAGGCAGCCCCCAGCCUUUGGGGAGAAGCUGGCCUUGCUCCCACCUCCAGUCUCUCCUAUGCCUUUUCCCCACCCCUGUUCUCGGCCCUCACCACCUCCCCUUUUCCCACCCGUGCCCCAAAAUGCUCCCUUUCUCCCAAGCCAGCCCUUCCCACCCCACGAAUUCUUCAGUUAUGAUUCAAUGGAGGACUUCUCACCACCUCACUUAGGAUGUGGUCCUCGAGUGAAAUUUGUGCCUGGCCCCCUGCCACCUCCAGUUCCCAGUCGUGUGCCUCGUGGUCAGCACCGGGGUCCGGUGGUCCAUCGGGGAAGACCACGCUGUGUACCCAAUGGCCCCUACCGUGUGCCAAGGACGGGGGGUCCCUACAGGCAAUGGCUUAGACGCUCCAACAGACUAAUCCAUAGAUAUGAACUGGGCAGACGGCCUCCUGCCCACUCAAAGAUGUGACCUGAGCUGGCUGAAUCUUGAGCUGGCUGUGUUGAUGAGCUGGCACAGCUUG